AUGGAAAGCUCCCGAUACAGCUACGACCAGAGGAAGAACGAUAUGGGCGAUGGGGGCUAUGAGGGUGAACCUUGGGCAAGAGAAGUAGCUGAUGAAGAAAGGGGAGAAGAUGAGGGUUGCUCAGCUGGGGAGUCUAGUGGAGCUUGGGCUGGAAGUGAGGAGGGGAGACAACGAUGGGACGUUGAAGAUGGAAUGAACAGUGGAAUGGACAGUGAAAUGAAUUACGGGUCAACAUGUGAUGAUCACAUCAAUAAUAAUGCUCAUGCCGAAGACUGUGUUUAUGAGGAAGGAAAUGAUGCUGUUGCGGGGGAACAGACCAAUGAAUAUGCCAACCAUUACGCUUACGAAACCACCCAUCAUCAUCAUCAAGACUCCUACGGAUCUGACGAAGGGACUUACGAUCACCCGGGUGACGAUUUCGCUUGGGCAGAUUCUAGAAGAGAGGGAACAGAAUAUCCCGACACUCCUCAUGCGCAAGCUCAAGAACAUCAACACGAAGCAGGACCAUCGCCAGCCAUUGCUUAUAUGUUGCGCGAUGAAGUCGUCCAAGGAGUCCGUGAAGGUAGAGCGAGAAUUGCACUGGCUGAAGUAUUCGGGUGUGUAUCGGAGACUCCCCAUGACGUAGCCUUCAGGGAAUUGAUCAACCAGCUAUCUUCAGACGAGGUAGCCGAGAUGUUCAGAUGGUUAUACUACGAUCUGUUGGAAAGGCUUGGGAAUGAGCACUAG